UGUGGGUACGCGCAGUCUCAGCUUGUAUAAUUUGUUCUCGGGAGCUUGCAUCGGAAGGUGACGCCUCCUGACUGGCAAUAAAUUUGUGAACUGGAUGGAAUUGCCACCAAAUUUGCAACUCUGAGUCGAGUGCCACACAAACUGGGUAUGCCACGUUGUGAAUCGAAGGUUUUGAGAAUCGAUGGCAUCGGAGCCGGCAGAAGCCGCAAUAGCCUUACGAAAUCGAGUGUAUGAACACCACGGGCCAGAUCGGGUUCUAGAUCCGGCUUCCUAUCACCAGAAAGAGCUGAAUUGUGCUUGUAGAAUAGAAAUUUCGGUCGAUUUGGUGUCCUCAGCGAAGCUUCUGUUGGGUUUUCUACGCACCAUCGAUAGCAUCGAGAAUUUGCAUCGUGGUCCUGCACUGGCCCAUGCCAUUCGAAGGUAUGCCAUGUGCUGGAUGCCAUUGGCAGCCGAGGCAGCGUCAGCUCAUGCUGCAUCCUCAGAUUCACAGACGCCAAAUCUUGCUCUCCUACCUCCACUCGACGUGCAGUGGGUGUGGCAUUGUCACUGUCUCAGCCCGUUGAGCUACAGAGAAUACUGUAUGUCGAAAUUUGGGCUCGUUGUAGAGUAUACCGUUCUGCUAGACGCUCCCAGUGAAGAAUCUGCACGCAAAAGAUGCAAAGAUCUAUGGUGUGAGCGAUACCCAGCAGAACCUUUCAACGACAACAUUGCACGAUUGUUCUUAACAACUCUCUCAGAACGGUCAGAGGAAGAUGAGCUUCCCAAGUCCGGUUUAUAUGAUGAGCUUGAAGCGAUUAUAGCGAGACAAAGCACUUUCUAUUACCAGGUCUCCCAACCUUACAUGUGGGAGGAGAGAUUUUUACUUGCAGCACUUGAACGGUAUAGAUGCUUUCUGCACGUUGUGAAGAAGUCACGGGGAGAUAUUGUAUGCGUACCAACGUACGAUAUUGAUCUGAUGUGGCAUGCCCAUCAGCUUUCGCCUGUAGCAUACGCUAGAGACACCGAAGCACUAAUGGGAUGCGUGAUACAUCACGAUGACAGCAUGGAGAGAGGUCCUCACACGGAACUUGAAGAGGGCUUUGACAGCACAAGUAGGUUAUGGGAAGACACAUUUGGACAGCCUUACGAAAGAGCUGGCACUAUGUACAGGGGAGCCAAACCUGUGAAUCUUCCUGCACCCCCGCAUGAUGGCCAUGACGGCCAAGAGAUUCUGGAAAGAGUGCCAGCUGCUUUAUCUUCCAACUUCCGCCCUCCAGACGUGAAUACCAGGUUUCGUCUCCUUGUUCCCCGAAGAAUUGUGCAUGUGUGUAUAUUCAUGAAAAGAGAGAAGAAUCUUCAAAGAAACGUCAAAGUGGACAUAGAAUCUCUCUUUGUUCGACUUCGAGCGAAGGAAGCCCACAAACUUCUGAAAAUAGACACCCCUAUAGUAUUACACACAGCAUCAGAACUACACUGGGAGAUGCUAUGUCUUCUGCAAUGUGAAGUGGCAACAGUGGGAGUGGUCCUCGAGCUGCGCUGUCAUGUGAAAGGGUGUCUCCGGACCUUGAAGCAGUCAAAACUGAUUGGGUCGACCCUGCUCACAUGGGGGAACCUCCAAAACUGUCCCAUGCUGUCAACUGAAACAGUGCUUGCCUUAAAUGAUAAGAUGAGAGCUGCUGCAGUGAAGGAACGAAGUCAGGCCCCUGAACUCCGACUUUCUGCAUCCAUAACUCCUCCAGUACAAGGACCUUACCUUUUGAAGACGGUGCCUGAUCGGGUGACAGAUGAUGCGGGAGCCAUGCUAUCCAACCUCAUCCUGCGUAUGAACAAGUACCAACCUCAGCAAGGACGUUGGAUCACACGAACUGUUCUCAACCAUUUUGGUAGAGAAUGCUUCGUUAUUCGAAUCAGGCAAGCUAAGGGGAUAUGGAGGAAAAGUGGGGACAGACCAAUUGGCGUUGACUGGCACGAGCGUGUCAUCAAUAUUUCCGAGGGGGGCUGGACUUAUGUUGCGGGGGCAACCGGUUUUACUUCGGGGAAAGUUGUGGGAAGUGCUGUACCAUGUGCUGAUGAGCUUGAGCAUGAUCAAAUGAGUUGGCAACUCACCACCACGCUUACCACGGGGCUCACUCUCGUAAUCUCCAAGCCAUUCUACGAUAGCCAUGACUGGGAGCAGAACCUUGAGUUUAGUCUCACGGGUUCUUCCACAAGCUUGGUGCGCCUGAUCAAUGGCCGAAAGCUGCAAUACUUAGUGAAUGAUGCAACUCCUGAGCAAGAAGACGGGUUCGUCACGCUUGUUCGUUACAAUGCUCAAGCACCACAAGGAAAAGCAACUGCAUUAUUCAACUGGAAAGUAUCAGCAAUGGAAGUCCAUCCAGAAGAAGAUGUAGUUCUAGUUCUCCUCCUAUGCAUUGCUACCAUGAGGUCGGUUGCAGACCUUGGAGGCAAACAUCUUGGUAACUUGUUUGCUCGCCAUCGACAUAAAGAGCACAAACCAGGACGCAAGGAUUGGAACUCUGUGGUUUUAGAGCACGUCACCUCGCAGUCAAACUUGGCAAUGUGGUACCUUAACACUCCUGCAACAUUUUCAACCCGAGACGAUGGCACAGACACACAUUUUAACCACGCAGGUUCGAUGGGAGGCGCGUGUGGAUCCAGCUGCCAAGCUGGUGAUGGGAUGGUGUCAUUUAGGGGAAACCUGCGGUUGGAUGACACAAUUCGAGGCUGGAGGGAAGUCAGCCGAGGCUCUUCUUCUAUCAAUACCAUCGGUGCCUGGGGUAGACGAACAGGAAGUGGAAUUCCAUUGGAUUACGCAAGCAACCAUAGAAAGGAACGAUGAAGAUGAAAUAUAAUCGACUCUUCAUCAACAGAUGCGCAUUCUAAUGAUACUCUUGUAAUCUAAAGCGAUAAAGAGUUCUCCAACGGUUUAAGCACAAUAAAUUCGUGUAUUUUUAUGAUGUCCACACGUGGGCAACAUCCA